GGACUCAAUGCAACAGUCUUACCUAUCUGAGUAAACUGGGAGUGGUAAACAUACGCAAUGUGGAAUUAAAAUAUAAUAGAAGUUGAGCCUGUGUAACUAGUUAUUACUCCAAGGAUUAUCUCUUACGAGAAAUGCUUAUUUGUUUGAUAAUUCUGCAGAGAAAUGAGUAGAACGAUAUUAAUAACAAAGUGUAGUGCUUUUAAGAGUACUUUUAAGACAAUAUCCUUUUUAAUGAGUUUAUUAAAACUCUCAAGUAAUAUGAAGCAAGCUUUACAGACUAUUUAAAGCUUUGAAGAGAUUACUGGAAAAAACAAUGCACCAAACAGAAAGUCUAGCCUACAACAUUACCAAAGUUGGAGCAGAAGAUUAUAUGAUUUAAUGUAUGUGAAAUUGGAGAAGAAACAACUUCAGCAAGAAGCAAUAUCUGAAAUUCAAAUGUAGAGAAAGUAGGAAAAGGAGAAAAGUCAAUUUAUUUAUUUAGUUUUGGUCGCGACUAAAGAUUAAUUGCAUAAGGAAUAAUUUCAAUAAAGAA